AUGGUUCCAAGUCGAUUUAAGGUAUUUGGUCUAGUACUGGUCGCGCUAUGGAGCGUUGCCAUGGCUCAAUCGGGGUGUACCACCGCACUAGUGAGCUUGAGCCCAUGUCUUAGCUAUGUCUCAGGGAACACAUCAACCCCGUCAUCUACUUGUUGCUCACAACUAGCCAUUGUGGUUCAGUCACAACCACGGUGUCUUUGUGUGUUCACAGGCGAUGGUAGUGGUGCACCGCCGGGUUUGAACAUCAACCAAACUUUAGCUAUGGCACUGCCUAGUGCUUGUAAUAUCCAGACUCCCCCUGUUAGCCGAUGUACCGAGGGGGCUAACGGGCCAACAGCUUCAUCGCCAUCAGAAACGCCAUCUUCAGGAAGCGGUUCAAAGAGCACACCGGGCACAUCCAAUGCAACUCCAAAAAGUCAACCAAUUUAUAUCACUUUUGUUUUGCUUUUCGUAUCUACGAUAUUAUCUCUCUAUAUGGCUACUUAA